AUGGACACUAACGAAAUGGAACAAGAGAGCAAAGAAAAAGAUCUAUUUGAAAAAUACUUACAUCGUACAAAUAAACUGUUGAGGGUUACAGGCAUGGAUUUGAAGGAUGAUGAUGGUGAUAAUAAAUCGCUAAUACAGCGUUUACGUCACCGUUGGUUCUACUGUUUUAACAUUUUUUACCUCGGUACAUCUAUUAUGGGACAAAUUGGAUGGUACAUAGAAGCUAUAAUAACUGAUAGGAGCAUUACAGAAAUCACUUACUUCUUGCCUUGUGUUACUUUUUGUUGCCUUGGAAAUAUGAAAGGAUACUAUUUUAUGAAACAUUCGAAUCUUGUUUGUGAGGUUGUAAACAGUUUGAGAAAAGUGCAGAAUUUUACAAUGGAAAUGCGAAAAUACCGGAAAGAAGUAGAGGAAGAAAUGAUAAAGAAUAGAUUGUGGCUCUAUAAUAUGUUCACUUAUUUCCUUUUAACAUCAACUGCAAUAGCAUUACUGUUAUUUAUGAUUGGUCCAUUUCUUAUAAUGGGUGUUUAUUAUUAUUCAACUGGUAAAAUAUUGUAUACGUUGCCAUUUUUUCUUUGGUAUCCUGUUGACCAAACAAAGUUAACUAAUUGGCCAUUUCUAUAUCUUCACCAAAUAUGGUCAGGUACGGUGACUGUGUUUAUGGUUUUUGGUCCUGAUAAUUUUUUUGCAACUUGUUCCACUUUUAUAAAUAUACAAUUUCAUUGUUUGCAAUAUGACAUAGAAAAAAUAGAUAUUGGAACGAAAAACAGAAAUCUAAAAAGUAGUAGAUAUGUGAAUGAACGUUUUCGAUCACAAUUUGAACAGAUAAUUCAUAGGCAUAAAAUAUUAAUAAGUUUGGUGAAUUUAUUGGAAUCAAUUUAUACAAAGUCUACUCUAUUCAACGUUGCUACAAGCUCACUAAUCAUAUGUGUUACAGGCUUUAACAUUACGACAAUAGAGAACAAAAUUUUAAUGAUGCCGUUCAUUUCAUUCUUUUUUAUGUCAAUGAUACAAGUAGUUGUUUUGUGUUACUACGGCGAUAAAAUAAUGCAAUACAGCGAGGAAAUCAGUGAUGCUGUAUAUAAGAGUCAAUGGUACUUUGCUGAUGCUGCGGUCAUGAAAGAUUUACUUUUUCUUUCCAUUAGGUCGAGAAAAGCUUGUAAACUAACAGCAUAUCAGUUUACUGAUAUUAAUUUGAAUACAUUUGGUAGGAUAAUGGGGAGAUCUUGGUCAUAUUUUGCUUUGCUGCAAACAGUAUACGGAGGACAAGGAAUAAAAAACAACUGA